CCCGGAUGUAGAACCACCCAGAGCGAGGUCAACACCGAGCCCACGUGUGUUUGUGUCUGUUGAGUUCCAGAGUUAAAGGUUUUACAGGAUUACAGAGUUAAAGAUUGAGAACCGUCAUCAUGACCUCGUUGGCCCACCAGCUGAAGAGGCUCGCGCUGCCUCAGAGCGACCCCAACCUGCUGACGCGACGAGAGGUCGCCUCGCUCCUCUUCGACCCCAAAGAUGCUGCUUCCAUGGACAGAAGCACCUUCUACGCCCUCGGCUGCACGGGGCUAGAGGAGCUGCUGGGAAUCGAACCGGCCUUCCUGGAGUUCCAGGACACCCUGUUCAGCCGGGCCUCGCUGACCCUGGAGCGUAGCGUCCAGUCCAAAGAGGUCAACGAGAAGCUGGACGCCGGCAUCUCGCUCUUCCUCACCCGCCUCUGCCCGUACUUCCUCCUCAAGCCGGCUCACAAGUGCAUCGAGUGGCUGGUUCACCGCUUCCACAUCCAGCUCUAUAACACCGACAGCCUGCUGGCGUGCGCGCUGCCGUAUCACGACACCAACGUGUUCGUCAGAGUCCUGCAGCUCGUCAACAUCAGAGACGCCACCAACCGCUGGAACUGGCUGCACGUCCUGCAGAAACCAGGCGUGCCGUUGUCCAGAGGAACUCUGAUCACUCACUGCUACUCAGACCUGAGCUUCAUGGACUUCAUCUGCACCCUGGUCACCAACGCCAUCCAGGCGUAUUCGGGUCACUCAGGAAGUUGCUCCCAGCUCAGAGUGAUCUUCUCCUUCUACGCCUCCUCCAUCGUCCCGGCUCUGGACGCCGUGGAUAAAGUGUCGGACGCCAUCAUCUCCAAGCUGCUGCCGUACGUCCAGAAGGGCCUGAAGUCCUCGCUGACGGACUACAGAGCCGCCACCUACAUGAUCGUGUGCCAGCUGGCGGUGAAGGUGGUGAUGGAGGCGAGUCUGGUCGACACGCUCGCCGCCCACGUCAGCAAGUCUCUGCUCAAAGAGCCCGUGUUGGCCAAGGAGGGUCUGGGCUGCCUCACCGUGCUGCUGCAGAACCAGAAGGAGGGCGCCGCCGGGCCCAGAGCGUUCAGCCGUCUGAGCUCGAUGCCGGCGCUGGCGUCAACGCUGCAGGUCAUGGCGGCGGCUCACGAUGUCGGCCCUCUGCUGCGCUACCUGCUGCCUCACCUGAUCCACGCCGUGUUCACCUGCAGCUCAGGUGAGACGCAGACGGACGAGCUCGCCGUGUUGGACGCCAUCCUGAAGUCGGUUCCUCUGACCAGAGGCCUGGACCGGACCGUGGCUCGUCUCCUGCUGGACGAGUAUCUGAGUCAGACUGAAGUCUCUGCUGAGGACGUGUCGUCCCUCGACCGCCGUCUCCUUCCUCUGGUCCGCCUGUUUGAGUCCAGAUACUGUGCAGCUCUGGACAGCGUCCUCGCGGGUCACGUGACCGACGUCAGCAGCAGCGAGCAGAAACAUCUCUUCCACCGGUUCCUCUCUUUGUCCAUGAGCAGUGGAAAAUACCAGAUACUGGGCGACUCGGAGACGUCGCUGUUCCUCAGUCUGAAACACCCGCAGCCUUCAGUCAGAGUCUCGGCUGUGGAGCACCUGAUGGGCGUCAUCACCUCCGGACAGCAGAGUUUGGACGAAGCCUUCCUGAAAGACACCAUCAUGGACCGCUUGAAGGACGACGUGCCGGAGGUCGUGGCCGCCACUCUCAAAGUCCUGGAGGUGCUGGUUGACGUUUUGGACCCCGAGGACACCGUGUCGUGUUUACUGUCGCUGCUGCACAGAGUGGAUCUGUCGGUGGCUGAGCACUGGCUGCCGGUGCUGACGGAGGCGGUGCGUUUACUGUCCGACCCCCGGCUGGGAAAGGGCGAUGGCGAGCUGCUCCAGAGGGCGGGCUGGAAGCUGCUGCCCUUCCUGGUGCUCACCUCCUCCGCAGAGCUCCGCCUCGCCUCCUGCGUCGCGCGAUGCUCCGUCAUCAGCCAACACCCGCUCACCCUGAACUGGGCUCAAGAGCUGGACAAGGUGCUGAAGAGGAGCUCUGAACCCGACUUCCUGGGUUUGGCCAACGAGCGUCUCGUCUCCACGCUGAUCCAGAACCUGACGAACAUGGACCAGUUCUCCAGACGGGACGCUCUGGAGAAGCUGUCUCUGUCGGUGGAGCAGCAGCAGCGAGGUUCUGGUCUCAGAGCCAGGACCUCCUUCCUGGUUCUGACCCAGACUCUGCUGCUUGGUCUGGGCGAGCUGAGCGAGACCCAGCACCUGCUCACCGCCCAGAGGGUCUACACGCUGCUGGAGACGCCGCUGCUGGAGGUCAUCGGAGACGCCGCCGCCAACGCCAACGCCGCUGAGGAAGCAGAACGCCCCGCUGCCGCCGCCGCCCCCUCCUCCUUCUCUGAAGCCCUGACGCUCUACCUGAGCAGGUGUGGGCAGCAGCCAGACUUCAGCUUCGUCCUCAUCUCUCUGCUCAGAGACUUCAUCUCCUCCCUUAGGUGUCCCGACGCCUCCUUCAAAGGUGAGGUGUGGUGGAACCCGGAGAAGCUGGACACGAACACCUGCUGUUACCUGGGGCUCACCUGCCGCCUCUUCAGUGUCAUCAUCAGCGGCGCCGGUGAGGGGCCGACAGCCGGCAGCUUCAGAGACUUAAUGAAGCUGCUCAUCCAGGUUCACCUGGCCGAGCCACCGGUGCUCUUCCGCUUCCUGUGCGUGCUGUGGGGAUACAGCAGUAACCACGGAGACCAGCUGGACGUGAAGGUGGACGCCGUCCUGCAGACCCGGGCCCUGUACGUGGGCGCAGCUCUGCUGAGCGCUCAGCCGGCCGCCACGCUGGAGCAGCUGGUCGCCGCCGACUCACCUGUGGUCCCGUCCUUGUUCUGCUGUCUCACCUCUCCGGUCCGGGAGGUCCGGAGGGCGGCCCUCGCCGCUCUGCAGAGCCUAUCAGGAGCCGACGAUUCUCCGUUCCGGCCAAUCACAGAGAAGCUUCUGAAGACCUCAGAGGAGAUCAUCGCCGACCCGUCAUACCUGAGCCAGGCUCUGGGUGCGCUCCAUGAGGACUGUGUUGCUGGUAAAGUGAAGCCGCAGCAGAAGAAGCUGCAGACGUCGCUGCAGCAGCUGCUGCAGAGCGUUCAGACGGCGUGCUGUCCGUCGUACAGCGCCGGAAGCCUGCUGCGAGCGCUGAGCCACGUCAGCGGACAGUCCGUCCUGUCACACCUGCUUCCUGUCCUGGAGCGUCUCCUGGAGCAGAGCGGCCCCGACACCCCCGCCCUGCUGCGGGCCGAGGCCCAGCUGACGCACCUGGUCCUGGGGAAGUACGACGAGGCGUCGGCCCCCCUGCUGGCCGAGGACCACAACUGUCUGGAUCUGUUCAUCAGAGCUCUGAGGACCUCGACGCAGCCGCACCCCGACAUCCCCAGCUGUCAGAUCACCGCUCUGGAACAGAUCACCAAGCCGUUCUUCUCGGCCCUGGGAGACGAGGCGGUGCAGCAGAAGCUGCUGUCGGUGAUGUUCGACGUGCUGGUGGAAAGCAGGAGUCCUCUGGUGGCCAACACCAUCAGCAGCGUCUUUAAAGCGAUCGCAGUAGACGGUCAGCUGGUGGCCAAUGAGCUCGCUCCGCCAGAGAGAGCCACAGCGAGCGUGACGGUUCAGCAGACCCGCCGGAGCAGGAUGAGUCAGAGGAAGCCUCAGGACGGCGUUGAUGGCGUUCCAGAGGGCGGCGCCAUGUCGUGGCAGAGGGUCACUCUGAUCCUGGAGCUGCUGCAGCACAAGAAGAAACUGAAGAGAGCCCAGACGCUGGUACCGGUUCUGUUCUCGCUGCUCGCCAGGAGUCUGGAGUCGUGUCCAGGUGAUCAGACCAACAUGGAGUACACCAAACAACUGCUGCUCAGCUGUCUGCUCAACGUCUGCCACAGACUGUCUCCUGAAGGAGGCGCCGUGGAGUCCGACGUCCUGGAUGAGGAGAAGUUCAGCGUGGAGCUGGUGGUUCAGUGCAUCAGAGCGUCCGACGCGCCGCAGACUCACCACCACGCUCUGCUGCUGCUGGGCGCCGCCGCCGCCAUCUUCCCCGAGAAAGUCCUUCACAACAUCAUGCCCAUCUUCACCUUCAUGGGCGCCAACAUCCUGCGUCUGGACGACGCGUACAGCUUCAGAGUCAUCGACAGGACGGUUCAGAUGGUGAUACCGGCGCUGAUCCAGGCCCACCAGCUCCCUGACGGCAGCUCUUCGUCUCACGUGGUCGCGGUGGUGACGAGGAUCAUGCACGUGUUCGCAGACGCUCUCCCUCACGUGCCCGAUCACCGGCGGCUGCCCAUCCUCCGUCAGCUGAUGACCACGCUGGGCCCCGCCCGCUUCCUCUGGGUCCUAAUGCUCCUCCUGUUCAAGCUGCAUGCCACGCAGAACGCCAGCUCCACCAGCGAGAAGGACGCAGCUCUGGAGAAAGACGUGGACUUCUGGAUCGCUCUCUGCUGUCAGUUUGAGGUCAGCGAGCAGCUCACCUCGCUCAUCAACAUCCUCCACUUCCUGCUGCAGCUGCCUGACGACAAAGACGACGCUCCAGUGAAGCGCUCCGUCGGCCGGCCAGGAGCCAAGAAGAAGAAGGAGGAGGAAGAGGAGGAGAAGGUGGAGGAGCUGAUCUUCAGUCUGGAGGCUCACAGCAGCAAAGAGCUGAGACACUUCAAGUUCCUCUCCGUCUCCUUCAUGGCUCAGCUGCUCGGCUCGGCCAGCUUCAUCGGGAAGGUUGCAGACGGAGGGGAAGCUGUGGACGAGUCUCUGCAGCAGCUGCAGCAGAGGCUGCUGGAGGAGAUCCUGCGGUACAUCCACAGCGUCGCUCGCUGUGUGGAGGACAACGCCGACAAACCCACCGCCAAGUUCUGGAGGGUUCUGCUCAACAAAGCCUACGAUGUUCUGGAUAAGGUGAACUCCUUGUUGCCCACGGAUACGUUCAUCACGGUGAUGAGGGGGCUGAUGGGAAAUCAGCUGGCGUCAGUCAGGAGGAAAGCCAUGGAGCUGCUGAACAACAAACUGCAGCAGCGGACGCAGUGGGAGGAGCAACAGGUCACUGUGCUGUUACAGCUGACCGGCGACCUCCUGAGCAUUGUGGGUAAAAGUCAUUGUAAGGCGUUGGAGGCGGAGCAGGAGGCGGAGCAGGCCAUCAACCGGCAGACGGCGCUCUACAGCCUCAAGCUGCUCUGUCGCAGCUUCGGCUCCGACCACCAGGAGACCUUCGUCCCCGUCCUGCUGCAGGCGGUGGACAUCGUCACGGCAACGGAGGAAGAGAAGAACGUGACGGGCAGCGCUCUGCUCUGCGUCGCCGAGGUGGUCGGCACGUUGAAGGCCCUCGCCAUCCCGCAGUUACCAAGGUUGAUGCCGGCGGUGCUUCACACGCUGACGUACAGGGAGGAGCUGCUGACCAAUGAGAUCUACCUGCUGAGCGCCGUCACCGCCCUCCAACGCGUCACAGAGACGCUGCCUCACUUCAUCAGCCCGUACCUGCAGGACAUCACCUCACAGGUGUGCCGGCUGACUCGCCUCGUAGAGUCUUCCUCCUCCUCCUCGUCUUCCUCCUCCGCCGCCUCCCAGCUGUCCACGCGGCUCGCCUCCCUCAGGAGCACCCUCGCCACCAAGCUGCCCCCCAGGGUCCUACUGCCCACCGUCACCAGGUGCUACAGCAGCAUGGUGGCGGACAGGAAGCGUCAGCUGGCGCCGCUGAUGAGCGUCCUGAAGGAACACAUCAGUCACAUGGAGAAAGAGCAGCUCAAUGUCCACCAAUCAGAGCUCACCUCCUUCUUCCUCGCCGCGCUGGACUUCAGAUCUGAACACUGUCAGGGCGACCUGCAGAAGACGGCGGAGAUCGAAGGCUGCGUGAUCGACUGUCUGCUCGCCAUGGUGAUGAAGCUGUCAGAGGUCACGUUCAGGCCGCUCUUCUUCAAGCUGCUGGACUGGAGUAAAUCGGGCAGUAAAGAGCGUCUGCUGACUUUCUACCGACUGGCGGACUUCAUCGCUGAGAGGCUCAAAGGACUCUUCGUCCUGUUCGCAGGAAAUCUGGUGAAACCGUUCGCUGACCUGCUGCGACAGACGAACACCGCCCACACAGGUGACUUCCUGUUUGACUCGUGUGCUGAGGAGAAGACGUCUCUGCUGCUUCACUUCGUCCUCGACUGUCUCCACAAGAUCUUCCUGUUCGACACGCAGAGAUUCGUCAGCAGAGAGCGAGCCGACGCCCUCAUGAGCCCGCUGCUCGACCAGCUGGAGAACCGUGUGGGAGGAGACCAGGUGUACCAGCAGAGAGUGACCCAUCACCUGGUCCCGUGUGUGGCUCAGUUCUCUGUAGCGCUGGCUGACGACUCUCAGUGGAAAACCCUCAACUACCAGAUCCUCCUGAAGACCAGACACCAGGACCCCAAGGUGCGUUUCUCCUCCCUGGUGCUCCUGAUGGAGGUGGCGUCUAAGCUGAAGGAGAACUACGUGGUUCUGCUGCCAGAGACCAUCCCGUUCCUGGCUGAGCUCAUGGAGGAUGAGUGUGAGGAGGUGGAGCAGCAGGUCCAGAAGGUGGUUCAGGAGAUGGAGAACAUUCUGGGAGAACCGCUGCAGAGCUACUUCUAACAAACAUCAUAUAUAUACUGUACACAGUGUAUAUAUCUAUAUAUAAUAUAUAAUAUAUAUCUCUAUAUAUAUAGAUAUAUAUUGUAUAUAUAUCUAUAUAUAUAGAUAUAGAUAUAUAUAUACAGUAUAUAGUAGCUACACACACCAGGUGUGAGGUUAAAGUUAAUUAAACAUCAUGAAGUUUUUGUUUCUGAUCUGAUGACAUAUUUGUACUUUCUUUCUGUCAAAUGUGCAAAAAAGAUAUAAUAAAUAUUUCUUCUUUUGUCAAA